AUGAUGAAGACUACAAGAGGACAUGGCAACAAGAGCUUGAUGCACAACGGCGAUAUGGCGUAUUUCGACAACGUCCCGAGGAUCAAGGUUGACCCGUCGACCAUAUUCUACCGUCCUAUCCAUACGUUGGCAAAUUGGGAGACUAUCUGCAAUGAUUGGGCCGUGGAGAAAACGAAGACGUACUCGUACUCAAUUGAUUUUGACGGCCUGCCUGGCGUGACUUGGGCAGAGCUGGGGCAUGAGGGGCUCGAUGCGGUGGAGUCCCCUAAGCUGAAGAAUGAUCAACAAGCGCUCGUGGAUCAGCUCCAAGGCAAGAUUAUCUUCUACGGGAAACCCAAGGUUCUCGAUGUUGAGAGGGGCAUGUGGGAUGUGAAGCAGCUUCGCCAGGCGGGCAAUCUCAGCCCAUAUGCCCCAGAGACGGUGAGACACAAGUUUUGCAAGACCACCAAGUUGUUGUUAAGCUGGGGGUACGACAUUGAGCUCACGUUGCCGGAGAGCAUCGGCACAACGCCCGCCAAACAGGCCAAUUUGACCUUUCUAAAGUUACCACUCGCUGACCGGUCGCCAAAUGAGAGGGUCCUCAAGUUUUCCACGGAGCCAACGAAUUACCCGUGGCUGGUUGCUGUUUUAGCAACCGUGAUCUAG